UUGUUUGUAUAUGAAUCCCAGAAGCCCUUCCACAUGUAGAGGUUCCUGUCUCUUAUGGACAAGAGCUUUUGCUAAGAGUAGGGCUCUGUAUUCUUGGGUCUAGUGUCCUUUAAUGUAGCUGUAGGACUUUCCAGUCUCUCUGCCCUACUAAGGGAACAUUGGUCAGGAAAUGUAUAUGAAGACUUAGGUGGCCUGAACUUGGAAGUCCCUGGAAGUACCUCAGCUUGCCACCAUGAGGGCCCAGGCAUAAUUCCCUCUGAACACAGGCCUGUGUGUGAGCUUGCAAGAGCUUAGCCUGUCCAGGCUGGUCAUGGGCUUUGUACCAGGCCUGUCAGGUGAGGCAGGUGGAUGAAAGAAUUACAGCAGAGCAGAUGUGGCAUGUCUGUAUCUUUAGUGUGACAGAUGUGGCAUCUGUUUGUCAUAGGGAGAACUGACAGUGCUGCCAAGGAGGGUGUAGUGAAUGUGAUGAGCAUCACAGGGCAGCAGGAGGAAUGAUAGCCACAAGGGGUGACAUGUUGUCUUUUCUCUCCUUGCCUGCUACACAGAGCCCCACCAGGUUAACAAAGAAGAAGCCUCUGCCCUCCAUCUUGCCUACCUUGUCCUACAUCUCCAACCCCUGGCAUGAGGAACUCACCAACUUCUUGGUUGAUCAGGCAGUCUCCUUGCUUGUCUGCAAGUACAAGUUUGAGUACAGCCUCAAUAAGCAACUUGGCUUUGUCUCUUUCCCUGUCACUGAGGCUCUCAUGGACAUCCUUCUGGGCUUUAAAAAGGUGAAAGGUACCCACAUCCGCCUAUCCUCAGACAUUAACUGGAGUUGCCUCCUGCGAAAGUUGGAACAGGCUGAGUUGGCACAGGAGGCCACAAGGCACACCUCCAGACCAAGAGCCUCCCAACCUAGUGCCUCCCAUAUUGACACCUCCCAUCACAGCACAGAGACCCCCUCUGGGCAGCCUGAACCAACUGAUGACUCCAAUCAGGACCAGGGUACAGAGUCUUCCUCUUCCCUCCACUCUGAGUUGCCAAUCCACCAGCUGCUCAACCCUUGGGAUCUUGGUACAGCUCAGGAGCAGACAUCCAGAAACCUAUCAGAGUCCAAACUAUCUAAAGUCCCUAGCAGCCGUAUAGAUAUGUCCAAGGAAAUGGUGAACAUGGAUGAACAAGAUGAUGAUAAAGGCAGUGAAGAAGAUGAAGACAGAGGCAGUGAGGAGGAAGAGGAUGAAGACAGGGGCGGCGAGGAGGAAGACAAGGUCUCUUAUGAGGAUGAGCACACAUCUCCUAGCUUUUCUGGGCCUGAGUUGGAGAACUUGAUUGACCAGUCUGUUUUCAUGGGUCCUGGUGACCACCCCCCGAGAUCCCUGUAAACCACACAGAGUGCUCCAUUCCUUGCUCCUCUUGCCCCAUCCGAGUAACUGCCCCUGUCCUUAGCAGAGGUCAGGAUGAGUGGAUGCCUAGGAGGAGCUCUGCUAACAUUCUCAAGGGAGCCAAAGAAAGAAAUGGAUAUAAAAUACAUGUUAAUGGGGCACAUUUAUCUGCUCCUGAUAUUUCAGCCUCUCUUGCACCUGUGUACCUGUGUACCUACCUUUGAAGAGCACUUUUAGGGUGGGUCAGUCCUAGUAUUGCAUGAACUUUUCCUCAGGAGAACAAAUGUGUGCUCACCCCAGAGGGUAACAACGACAGGCCAAAGUUAACAAUUCUACCAAGUUCCAAUGAUUUUAUUGGGUUUACUUACAAGAGCGUGGGUGAAUGCUUACUUAUAGGAGUGUGGGUGACCUCUAAACAGCUCCAUCACUAGAAAGUCUCACCCCAGCAUGAACAAUGACUUCUCUAUAAGCUGCAUAGAUAGACUCCCCUUUUCACUUUCUCCACAUUGUGUAUAUCACCUUCAGAGUCUAGGAAACCACCCCUGAUUUUGGCAGAAUUACAUACAGUGGGGAAGGAGUUGCAGGAAGGAGAGACUAGAGUCUCAGGUGCAGGUCUAGUGACCCCCGCUUCUGUGAGAGAAUCUCAACAGGCCUGAUCUCGAGGUUCUCAUGGGUAGAUGUUACAGAUAUUCUGAUGGAGACUGGUCAGUGUUCUUCAGCACCUGCUUGUAGCCAGCCUUCAUGAUAGCUGGUGGCACUCUGACCUCAGAGCUUCCUGUCAUUCCUCGGUACCCUACUUUGCAGCUUCUUGGCUCUUCAAGCUUUUUAGGAGUCCUCAAUGUCCCUGUGCAUCAUGGCUCCUGCUUUGGAAGGGAUCAUUCUUCACCUGGAGUCUUCCUCCUUGCUUGGAUAUACUCCAACUUCAUGUUGCAAGUAAGGAAGUAGCAAUACAGCACACU